AUGCUUGCUCUGAUCUCUGAUGCUUUUGUCUGGGACGAGCUCACCUUUCCUUCUCCCAUAUGUCAUCACUCCGGUGUGCGGGGGUUCCUUUCACGCCUUUUCCAGCUGCUAAUCACAUUGGCCAAACUGUUGUACUGGCGGCUUUUCAUUCUCCGCAUCAUUGUCCAGCUUUUCAUUACUCAUCCUCGUGGCUUUGGUCGUUGUCUUGUUGCCUUCUCAGCUGCUGGCAUUUCCGCAGUUGUCAUUUCUCUUUACUCCUGUCUUCUACCCUUCCGCCUCGCUCGUUGGCGUGCUACGGCUUCCUCAACUUCUUCUGAACUCUACUCGCUUCUACUUCAUGCGAUUCUCGGCCACAUAGUUCUCCUAAAUAUCUUUGUUCACUUUCUCGCUGGUGUAUUGUGCUCACCCGGUCAUGUGCCUCCACUGUCCCCGCUGUCCCCACACAUACCCCGAACAAUGUGCUCUCGUUGCCUUCGUCCGCGUCCGUGGCGAGCACAUCACUGUGUCGUCUGUGGAGUGUGUGUGCUGCGAAUGGAUCAUCAUUGUCCUUGGCUAAAUAAUUGUGUGGGGCUGCGCACCCACAGACACUUUUUCCUAUUUUUGACUCAUCUCGGCAUUGGUAUCGUGUACUUGUAUGUGGCAGGUUUCGGAGAUUUUAUGGAGCAUUCAAGGCUGAGUCAUCGAAUCAAUUGCCUGGUCCAUACAAUUGUGUGUGCUCUCUACCGUGUUUCCAUUCUCGUUCUCGUCUUCGUUGUCGGCCUUCUCCUAUGGCACGGUCGCCUUAUCGGACGAGGUGAAACAAGUGUGGAGUAUUACCAGAAUCAGAAGCUGGCACGCGCUUUCAGCAAGCAUCACAUCGUUUACCAUAACCCCUUCGAUUUUGGAUCUCGCGUCAAUUGGCUCCGAUUUUUGGGUCUCGAAGCUCCUGCAGAUUCAAGGGUAGUGAAGGAAAAGGGGACCUAUGGCGGAAUUAAGACUCUCGCGAAAAGAUUCUUUUUCCAUGUACUACUACCGUUCAAUUCUUCGCCGUAUGAUGGCGAUGGGAUGGAGUUUGAGAUGUAUGAGCCGGAUGUUGAGGACGUUCUGAGGGACUUGAGAACCUUUGACGAAUGA